UGAGUUCAGACAAAGCUAUCAAUUAUUAGGAUAGAAAUAUGUGUAAUAAUUAGACUCUGACAAAACCUGAACCAGACAAAAACUCUAUGUCAAAAGUCGCAUAUAUCUUCAGAAUGUUGAUCAUACAUAUAUUUAUAUACAUACAUGCACACACAUGAUCAUGUCCAUGAAGAGACAGUAAUAUUGCUGCACCGAAUCAGUCUCCAUUCAUGGCCUUCAAUGUCUCUCUUCUCUUCGCAUUCCUCUUAAUUUUCUUGGUAUCUGCUAAUGGGAGAUCGUUGCAGACGAACUACACCAACGUAAGAACCGAGCUCGAACGAGUUUUAAGUUCUGACUAUAUGAGAGUUAAAGCAGUUUCCCUGGCCACGGAUUCUUACACUGGGAAAACAAAUUACAGCGAUGUAUUAGGGUUGGCGGCAUUAUGCACACAAUAUCCGUGGCUGUUGGAGGACAAUGAGGAUCCAUGCCUUCCACCCAAAUGGACAUGGAUACAAUGUAAUUCUGAUGUCUCACCACGCGUUAUUGAAUUGGAUCUUAACAGCAAAAUUCUGUUCGGACAGCUACCAGACUUCAGCACCAUGGAUGCUCUUCAGAUAAUAGAUUUAUCGCAGAACGGUCUGUCUGGACCCAUUCCUUCAUUUCUUGGCACAUUUCCAGAUCUACAGGAACUGAACUUGGCAUACAACCUCUUCACUGGAGCAGUACCUGAUUCUCUAGCAUGCAACGACAAGUUGAAAUUAAGUGUGGAAGGUAAUGCCGACCUGCUCACAUCCACUUCAUGUUCAACAUCCGACACUCCCUCUCCAACAGCAAACAGAAACACUGAUAGCAGCAGCACCGGCAGCUUCCGGACUCCGGCAACGACCUCCCGAAAGAAGAGUAACCUGCCCGUAAUACUCGGGGCCACGAUUUCAGCCUUCGUGGUUUUCUGGAUUGCUGUUGGGAUUUUUGCGAUAUUUCGCCACAAAGCUAGAACAGCGGCCGCCGUUGCUGAAGCCUGUGCACCACCAGGUCCGAGCAACCCCAAGGAUAAUAUACCCAUGGAGGAAAUUCCCAUGAAUGCUCGUCCUUCUAAUAUGAGCCCCUAAUAUUAUUCAUUUUUGUAUCAUUUCUUCUGUGAUUUUCCAGUUUUUCCACCUGAAAAUGUACAUUGUUACAUACCAUUUAAACAACGCACAAUAGCUGGAUUUAAAUUGAUUUUUGAA